ACUACUACAGCAACAGCCACAAACUACUACUAUUACUACAAUUAUUACUAUCACCACCAUUUCUUUUUAAUCAUCGACUCCUGGUCCACCGCUCCACCUGGUAAAGACCAUCAAUCGUAUCGCACAUCGUCGUUAUCGUUGUUAUUAUGAGGUGUACUAAUUGUCAGCAUCAACACAAUCACCGCCACCACCAUCACCAUAGUCAUCAUCAUUGUAAUGAUGAAGGUUGUUUUCUACACUGCUGCUGCUUGCUACCGUACGGACCGCAAUUACAACAAUAACUAGUUCAGAAAAAAACAACAACAAUAACUACCUUCCAACGAUUGUCUUACCCUUAGCAGUAGCAGCACCACCACUGCCAUCGCCACCAGAACUCUGUUCUGAAUUCCUAUUACAACAACAACAACAACAGCAAUAUCUGUAGCAGCAAUAUUACCAGACCUGGUAACUGUUACUACUAUAAUAACAAGACAGUUUUUUUUUUGUCUUCAUCACAAUCAUCAAAACUAGUAUUUUUACUACUUUUCUCAUCACAAACUGUCAGCGAUCGGACGACAUAUUCCAAAGUCUCAUCUCUUAAAAUUCUCCGGACUGUGUAUUAUUAUUAUUUUUUCCAAGCUUUAAAACCAUCCUGAAAUUCCUUAGUUAAUGUCUAUGAGGACGGAAAGAUUAGAAUUAAAAAAAAAAAAGUAACAGGAAUAUCGAUGAAAGAGAAUACACCUCGAGUCUCUUGCAACCUGUUUAUGAUCAUGUCUAAAGAGAAAGCAUCAAAACACUGACCAACUGAUCUACCUGGUCUUAUGUUGCUAAGAAACUUAAACAUGGGACAAGAAAUCCAGGUGUUAGUGUUUGUGUUGGUAAUACUCCUUUGUGAAGCAUGUGAAACGAAACGCUAUGGUCUUGAUGAUCCAAUCCACUGUAGUAAAAUCCGGAUCAAAUGGCUUGAAGACGAUCAAUGUGCAAUAAUUGUUGGCAAAAUCACUGCCCCACGAAGUCCAAAUUCAGACAAAGACUGCCAGUUCAUAUUGGGAGCAUCAUCGAGAAGCAAGUACCAGUUUGUGUUACUCACCUUUGACACAUUUUACAUCAACAGCUGUGAUGUUGUGCUCAAAAUCUCAGACUCACCAACUGCCCAGUUUGACAGAAAGGUCAAACAGUUGGCCUUAUUGACGUGCCAAUCUCCAAAUCCUGGAAAAAUUUACUCCCACGAAGGCAACCAUGUCAUGCUGUCAUUACAGCGAGAAGACAAAUACAUUCGGAACUACAAUUUUAGAAUCAAUGCUUCCCUUUCAACUGGUCCACCAAAACCUUCAAAACCAAUAAAAACAAUACUUAUCGUGAUUGGUUUAAUCACAGCAUUCAUCCUUGCGGGUUGUGGAUUUCUAUACAAAUGCUAUCUGAUGCAACGAGCACGUUGGCAAGAAUCUACAUCAGUGCUAGACGUGCAUGAAUACUCAACGCCCAGAGUAAGGCACAGGUUUCCAGGUAUGAACCAUCCCAGGAAUGCAAAUAAUGUUGGCACGCAAACUCUUAUGAAUGGUGAAUAUGGCUCUCUACUCAGCUAUGAGCCCUUGUGCAUUAUCAGAGAAGUUCAAAACGGCCGGAUAAAUUCAUCUUCGCAGACUACCUUUGGGGAGGAUGCCGAACCCAGAGUGCACAUUAUUUUGCAAGGUAUGAAUGGAGGGGCUGAGGCAGGCCCUCACUCAGAACUUGAUUACCCACCUCCAUCAUACGAAGAAGCUAUAUCAAUGCCCAGUCAGUUACCCUCCAGAAAUCAAAAAAAUACUCCCACAGCUAAGACAAGAAAUGCAACAGAAAGAGCACUAGCAGAAGAAGUGGAAGAAGCAGAAGAGGAGGAAGAGGCAUCAUCAUCAUCUACAGCAGCAACUAAUUCAACAGCAGCAACAGCAACAACCACAGCAACAUCGACAGAAGCACAGCUGUUGCCUCCAAAUCUGUCUCACAGUUUGUUUGAUAGCUAACUACCACACUCUGAACACUGUUAAACUGCUGAGAGCAGGAUGGGAACAUUGCCUUCAAGACAAACUACUCUUAACUCUCCAAAAUGUGCCAAGUCUUUCAAAUACGUCAUUGAUAUUUUAAAAUAUCCUGGCCUUUUGACCUAUAGAAAUUUAAGCUUCACUCUCAACUCUAUCCAAAGAAAAAUUUUUUUUUGGAAAUUCAUUUCAACAAUUCUGUCUUCUUUCUCCUUCUUCUGUCAUUCAACAUGCACAAAUUCUGUACACACACACACACAUGCACAUGCACACACAUACACACAUGCAUGUGCAUCGUGCAUGCACACACGUGCAUGUACGUGCACAUGCAAGAACAUUGAGUAUCUGGAAAUCCUGACAAACACAAAUACAAGUGACAUGUAUACACGUACAUAAUUUAUUUUUAUAUUUGUUUUUCUUUGGCUCUCAAAUUUCUUUAAAAACAAACAGAAAAAAAAA